AUGCCCAAAGGUAAACCAAAGAAGGAUAAUCCCGCGCUGUAUGGGGGCUCGCCAGAGCCUUCAGAACCCAGCACAACCCGUUAUGCUGCUGUACAUAGGCGGGGCGGCACACAUAAAGUACGCGACGAGCACAAGACUGACUCCAAAUACGAUAACUACAACUACAAGGAGCUUGUCGAUCAAGCAAAGGAGCGCGGCAUCUAUCGCAAGGAUAUGAAAAAGGUUGAGAUGGCAUGGGCUCUGAAACACGAUGGUGAAGAAGAAAGACGUGCGGAGCAAGAUGCCGUGCUCGCACUCCAGCGAAAGAGACAAGAGGCGAAAGAAGAGGAGGAAAGAAGAGCCGCACACAAACAAAGACAGAUUGAAGAAAAGCACGAGAGGAGGAUUGAAAAGGAAAGAAGGAGACAACGCGACGAAAGCGUCAGCGACGACACGCUAAGCGACGCCGACAUCGAAGCCCAAGAAACAAGUCGAAACGAGUACGCGCGCGAGCAAUUCGGCCACGCCCUCAGCGACGAAUCCUGGAACUCGACAUCGACAGAAUCAAGUCCCGAACCCCCCAUGGACCGCGACACCAAACCAGACUGCCGCCUCCGCCUCUUCGAAUGGCCACACGAGCAACUACCAGAUACCCACCCACCACGCUUCUUCUCCUUCUCCGAGCCCAAACCACGGGCCAUACCCUACGCACCCCUCCGACUCACCACCACCUCGAGUAAGCAGAAACUCGUCCUGCCAGGCUCCAAAUACCCGACUGGCGUCGAUCCAGACUUUUGUCCAUUGCUCUCCCCAGCAACACGGUUCGCAGCACGCAACGGCCAUUUAAUCGGCACGCUCCGGCACGCCGUUGCAGAAAGCGGUGUGCACUGGGCUCAGCGCACGUUGGUGCAGGGUUGGAAUGCACACAUGUAUUUUCACUUGGGCUCUCGUCACCACAACGAGAGUAAGCGGCUGGCGGAUACGUAUCGGAAAUGGGGGCUGGAGAAUAGGAAGGUGUUGCGGGUUAAGGGGACAGGGGAGGCGAGGAAAGAGGAGAGAGCGGCGAGGCAUGUGCAGAGGAGGAGGAAUAGGACGAGGUUGGUGCAGGAGGUUUAUGAGAGUUCGUUGUGGAGGCCUGGGGGUAUGGGGUAUGUGGCUGCUUAUCUGGACUACCACUGGGGGGAUGGUGGUGGCGGGGAGGGGAGGGGCACUGGACGGGUGUUGGAGAAUUUGUUCUUUGUGAGGUUUCUUGGAUGCGAUGUUCCGCAUUAUUAUUUCUGGUCGAGAGAGGGGGAGUGGGGG